AUGGUCUACUCUUCCGCGCCACAGCUGGCGUCCACGUACCGGUUAUGGCACCAGUUCACAAUGCCCAUUGACGGCGGCCAACGCCUUGCCAUUUCCGUUCCCAGCUACGUCGCCGACCAGCUCAGCUCCGCCUACACAAUUAUGGUCACGGCCAUGAUCGUUAACGUAUGGUGCAUCUGCUUUGCGCUGGGCUUCUUCUACAUCAUGCGGCACAACCACGAGCUUGGUUCGCUGUCGUCCAACCUCUGGAACAAGCGUGCUUCCAUGUCCGACUCGCUCUUGAGUCUCAUGCAAAAGCAAGCCUCCCAUUGGAAGCGCUGGUGGGUUUACCCGGCCAUUGGCAUCAUUGUCGGCUGCUGGGUUGCUGAGACCGUGCUGUCCAUCAUCAUCCCGCCCUACAUUUUCAUCGACACUGCCGCGCCCGUCAACAUCGACUCCAUUGUUGUUCCCCCCAACUCCGGCACCUCCGACUCGGCUACUGCCCAGCUCUUCUCGCUCGACGUGCCGGCCGCUCUGCGUGCCGUCGGCGGCGCCCUGGUGGCCGCCAGCGACGUUGCUGAGCGCGUCACCAUCUCACAGCGAGACAUUGGCACCACCGCCACGUUUGAGCCCAUCCAGGAGAUCGACUACAGCUAUUACGUCACAGGCUAUGACUUUGGCCUGCAGCACCAGUCCACUCUGCAGUUGAAUGUUCAAGGCUCGUGCCGCACCGAAUACGGCUGGCUCGUUUCCAGCGACAACUCCUCUGGCUACACCAACGAUACAUAUGCCAUCAUGGGCGAUGCCGCCGCCAACGGCCACAUCUCGCUCUCCCUCUACGACGGGCCUAGUCCUACUGCGUUCUUCUACACGGGUGAAGAUGGCCCGGGCAUUGGCAACACGACAUACGCUGCAUUCAUCUCGUCGGUGGACCGUGUCAGUUUCACUCCUGGCACCGAUGCGCUUUAUUACACGGGCUCGAGCGAGCAGCAGGACUCGUUUCUGGCUGAUACGGACUACAUUGUGCAGCCCGGCCGCCCUGUUCUGUCUUGCUGGGAGUCGAAUGUCUGGUCCUUUAACGGCGCCAACAGCUCCGUAAUCGGCCUCAACAACACGGCUCUGCCCGGACUGGACCUGCCCCUGGCCUUGCAGCUGAUCUUUGCACGCUACCUGGGCGCUCCACGUAUCGAGAGCAUUGGUACGGAGCUCGGCUUGGGCGCGCUGCAGUCUAGUACGUUGGCGCUUGGCACCAUCUUUGAUGCCGGCAGCUCGUCAGCCUUCUCGGAUCUCCAGCGCCUGGUCCUGGCCGCGUUCAUUGCCACCGCCAACACGCUGACCGACACUACCCUGGCCUCAUCGUACCUGGGCUCCAAGACCGCCGCUGGUAAUAUGAUCUAUGGCGACAAUAACGAGCCGCUGUCUGGUGCCGAUGAGUUUGUCGUUUGGAGCAGCGAUGUGUCUACAAUCUCGGUGCGCGCCGCGAUUAUCAUCCCUGUUGUCGCGUUCGCGUCUUGGCUGCUGGUGUUUUUCGUGCUCAAGUUUACACCUCUGGCCAGCGUCAACACGCUUGACAUUCUCGAGCUCCAAAAGAACAUUUACGAAAAGUACCCAGACGCCGACCUGACCAUGUACGACGAGGCUACCUGGCAGGUGCAGAUGCGUCUUCCGUUGGUCGGCGAGCGCCGCCUUCCGUGGGCCAACUGGGGCACAAGUGCCAACGCCACCAACAAGCGGCAGGACGACGUCGAGGCCGGCUACCAGGCGCCCGCCCAACCGACGUAUGCAGCCUCGGGCGAUGCCGAGAAGCAGCAACAUUCACACGCUGGCACGGCGCUCGCCAAUCCCGGAACGCCAUUCCCUGAUAGCAGCGGCCACUACAGUGCGCCAGAGCAGCCGGUGUACGCCGCCGCGGAGCCCUCAAAACCCAGCUACAGCACAACUGUCGAAUCGACGCUGGCCAGCCAGGAGCACGAGGUGGCUGCGGCCGUCGCGCGCGAGGAAGCCGCCAAGCCGGAGCAGGUCUCCAAGGAGAUACCGGAGGCGUAG